AUUGUCCAUUCAUGUUAUUUAAAUCUUGACCUUUACACUCACUACGAGUAUGGGCAAGUUAAGACGCCUGGGUGACUUUGGCAUGCACUAUAUCUAUCAUGAAUUUAUGAUUAUCAUUGAUAUACCAAAGUUUCAGCAAGGUUGAAUAGAAAAAAUCAAGCCAGAAUUAUCGAAGAUGGAUAUUAUAAAAGAUAAAUACUAUGAAUGGACCAAGUUUUACGACUGGGCAGUAGAACAAUCAGAUCCCCGGGUGAAGGACUGGUUUUUGAUGGGGAGUUACACCCCUACCCUGGCCAUCACCGCUCUGUAUGUGAUGUUAGUGUAUGCAGGUAAAUGGUGGAUGGAGAAGAGGGAAGCUUACAAACUCAAAAUGGCAGUCUUCUACUACAAUAUAGGAUUAGUGAUACUCAACUUCUACAUAUUUUAUCAGACUCUGGUCAACACAUAUAGGGCAGGGUACAGCUAUAUUUGUCAACCUGUGGUGUACAGCAAUGAUGAGAAUGAAGUCAAUAUAGCAAAAGCCUUAUGGUGGUUCUACUUUUCGAAGUGCAUAGAAAUGAUGGACACAUUUUUCUUUGUGCUUAAAAAGAAAAACAAUCAAAUUAGCUUUUUACAUGUGUAUCACCAUGCCACCAUGUUCCCAAUUUGGUGGAUAGGAAUUAAAUGGGUGGCGGGAGGGCAAUCCUUCUUUGGUGCCAUGGUGAAUUCUUUCAUUCAUGUCAUUAUGUACUCUUACUAUGGAAUCUCUGCUCUGGGACCACAGUACCAAAAAUACCUCUGGUGGAAGCGAUACCUCACUAUGUUACAGCUGACUCAGUUUUAUAUUGGGAUGGUGUAUGCAUUAUCUAGCCUGUAUCAUGAUUGUGAUUUUCCAAAAUGGAUGCAGUAUUUUGGACUUUUCUAUGGAGUGACCAUUAUCGCACUAUUCCUGAACUUCUAUAUUCAGGAGUAUAUCAAGAAGCAUAAUGAAAAAUAUAGAAAGAAACAUGAUGAUGGCAGUGUAACAAAUGGGACAACUGGACAAAAUGGAAAACAUGCUAAUGGCCAUGUAGAAACGAAGAAAUCCAAAUAGAUAACAGUACCUCUCUCCAUCUCAAGAAAAGAACUCAUCUAGACUGACAUAAAUUCAUAGAUACCUUUUUUGUUCUCGUAACAGUAUUUUAAUCAAUCAUAUAAUUAUGAUAUUGAUUGAUACAUACAAAAAUAUAAGCCAACAAUCUUGAAAUAUUUACAAAUGGACACCAGUGAUAAUUCCACUGUAUGUAAGGGUAAAUGAUCAUUGCAGAGUGCCAGUGCUUGUACCUCAUUCAGAUAUUACAUCUCCUGUUUCAGUUAAAUCUAUAUUCUCCUUCCAAUCACUGAAAAAAUAAUGUAGGACUUUUCCUUAGGACUAGGUCUGGAAAAAGUAUUUGUCAUUAAAAUGCAAUUUUCUCGUGAUUCUCUUUGGCUAUACCUUUUAGGAAAGAAAUUUCAUGUAUUACUAGAAAUAGUUUUGCAAUAUAUAGAUUACAUUAAAAGCAAACCAAAAAUAAGAUAAAGAGGCAAUAUUAAGGAUAUAUCAUAACUUAUUUAUGAUUGUAUGAUUUUGUUAGUUGUGCAAUAAAAUAAAAUAUAACCCUUGGUGCCUAACAAAAUAACUUAUUGAGAAAAAUUCCUGUAAAAUUCAUUUUUUGUCAGAUGUAUAAAUGUGUAAUCAUCAUCUUUCAUAUAUUGUUAAUAAAAUAUGUCACAUAUGACAUAUUAUAUACUUUUUCAUAUGUAUCCAUGGCAGAAUCUGUGAAUGUACAGCUGAAAAUCCUUUUUUUAAAAGUAUAAAGAUUUUGUUUCCAUGAAUUUACAUAUUUCAUGAUAUUCAUCAAAUUAUUUCAUUAUUUCCUGAAAUCCAAUAUAUUUUAUUAUGGUUUUUGUUGUUGUGUUUCUCCUAUAACUUAAUGAGAUCAUGUUUGUUGCUUAUUAAUGAUAAAUUUCCCCAAAGUUUGUUUGUCCAUGCAUAUUCGAUCAUGCAUUUUUUAAUUAGAUUUGAGUGUUUGAGAAACUGUACGAUUUUCUAGUAUUGUUUGUCAUGCACGUUUUUCUGUUUAAUUUUGUGUAUUGGAAAAAAUUUAAGACAUAUUCUUUUGUUUGUACUUAAGAGGUUUUUGUUAUGGAAUAUGAUGCACCUGGAAAUUAAGAUUGCAAUGUACUACACACUUGUACUAUCAAAAAACCUUUUGUCAAAACCUGCAUGUGUAAAUACACGUAUUCUUGAAUACCAGUAUUCUGGUAUACUAGUAAUUUAAAUUGUGUUUGUAAUUGUGUGUUUAUAUUUGCAGUUGUGGAUUAUUGUCUUUAAAAGACAUGUAAUUUUUUUCUUUUUCCAAUAAUGCAUAGAUUUAGUUCAAUAGUUCAUGUAUUUAUAACUGUCUACCUGGUACUUUCUAUUUCUGUUGAUGCAAUAUUUUCUGUGAAUUGUAAAAUUGAGAUCACCAACAAAUUUUGAAAUGUUUUUUUUUACACCCAUUGUUUUCCUAUGCUCUGGUUCAUUACAUGUUACAGGGCCAUCUCAAAACAAAACUUUUGCAUAAUUUGUUGUAUAUAAAUUGUAUAUUUAAACAAACCCAGUGAAUGAAUGGCUUGAUCAGCAGGUCAAUUAAUCAAACACUUCUUUGAAAUAUACAGGCCAAUAGUGAACAAAAAUCUAUAUACUUGUAACUAUUCACUCAAACUGCUUUAAAAUGUAUUUAUUAAGUAAAAUGUGUACAUGGCAUCGAAGUUGCUAUAGAGUGAUCACAUGAUGCAUUUACGGUAGUAUGCAUUGAAAUCUGCUGAGUUAAUGAUAUACAUGACAUUUUAUGUCUUUCAGUUUUGUGUGAUUCGUCCUACUUAAAAUCUGAACAAGUAGCUUUGCGAUCUUUGUGUUCUGCACGACAAACAGGGGUAUUCUGUCAAUUUUAUAACAUACAGAACAAUUAAUUUAUUAUCACUUUUUGGAGAUUACUGCAUGUUCAUUUGAAGUAAUGACUUUGAAAGGUGUUUUGCAUUAGACAACUUUUAUAAUUUUUUCUUUUUAAUAAAUUAUGUUAAACUUCACCAAAUUGUUGGUUUGUUUUUUUUUUCACUUUUCAAAUAAAAUAGGUCAGUGUAUAUAAAUGGAGUAUCAAAAACAUAUCUCUUGGCAUAGUUCAUUUUUCAACUCAUGAUGUGAAAUGAACUCAUGCAUGUUCAAAUA